AUGUCGGCCGCUGAUCAAUACUCCAUCAUCAAGACUAAGGGGAUCCAGCAUCCCCAGCCAGUCAGGCCUGCUCGAUAUCGUCGGGGAAAGAUGCCCGAGUUUGCCGUCCACGAGAUGGAGGAUCAGGAGGAGGCUGAGCAGCGAGACAGGCAAGAGGUAAAGGAGGAAGAGGUGACUUCAACGCGACGACCCCAGCCGGUAGCUCCUCGGGUCGUAUCACGUACAGAGGAGUCCGAUAGUGAGGAGAGCGGCUCGGAAUCAGAUGAUGAUGGGCCUGGCAGGGCUGAGCUCCUGGCGCGCGCGCGGAAGUUGGCAGCUGAGCGUGCGAAGCAUCAGGCGGCUGUGGUGACGACAGGUGGCGGUGACGAGGAUGAUGAGGACUCCGAUAACGAGGGUAAUCGAGCGGCCCUUAUCGCCAGAUCGAGGCAUGCUGUUGAGGAGAGAGUGAAGGAAGAGGAGGAAGCUGCAGCUGCAGCGAAACGCGAUGGGGCAACUUCGGAAGAUGAUGAGGACGUGGAGCUAGAGGAAGAGGAAGAAGAGGAGGAAUCAAGCGAGAGUGAAUCGAGCAGUGAUAGUGACGAAGACGAGGGGCCUCUGCUCGCCGGGCCACGGUUCAAGCCAGUAUUCGUACGGAAAGGAGAGCGGCACAAUACGGCGAAGGUUGGUAAUCAGAUGCAAUAUUUGGAGAAAUACAACGAAACUGCCGAAGAUGCUGAGAGGAAGAAGCACGAGAAGGAGGAUGCUAUCGUGGCCGCUAUCUCAGGUGUAUCGGAAGACAUUGCGGACGACCAGAUGGGUGAUGACGAGGAGGAGGACACAGCGGUCGUGCCAGAGCUAGGGGAGGACUUCACUCCGGCGACGCACCAAGAGUGGGUAUUGCGUAUGCUCGAACGCCGAUAUGCUGUUGACAAGGCAGCCAGAGAGAGGAGGGAGGAGGAGGCUGAGAUACUGAGAAGGCGCGAGCUGACGGAUGAGCAGAGAGCCAAGGAGGACGCGGAAAUUGCGAAGAAGUACCCGCAGCGAGAACACUCUAAGAAUUUCGUGUUUAUGCAGAAAUAUUAUCACCAGGGUGCCUACUACCAGGAUCUGAGGAAUGAGGGCAAGGAGGAACUCUACUUGCGAGAUUAUCAGGCUCCGGUGAGUCUGUGGCGGUUAGCCUCGACUCGUCUCUUGAAGGGACAGAUGCUUCGACGAGGCCAGUACGGCAAGAUUGGUCAAACCAAGUACACGCAUCUUUCGGCGGAGGAUACGACGCAGUUUGAUGCGCCUUGGAGUGUACGGGCGGCUCAAGAGGGUAAGGGGCCGACACCGGGCAGCUUUGAAGCGGAGGCCCGUGAGAGUGUUCGGAAGGUGCAGGAGCGAAUGCGUUCGAAAAUGGCGGGUUUCAAGAACAAAGAUACGUUUGAGCUCCCCCACCAUCGUAAGAAGCAACGUACCUCUAAGUGA